AUGCUACAUAAAUAUUUGGUUAUUGUUUGUUUGUCUACUUUUCCUUUUAUAAGUAGUCUAAGUGGGGAUUUUGUAUUUGAUGACACCGAGGCAAUACUUAAUAAUAAAGACGUAGUAUCAGAAGCCUGGAUGGAUCCAUUUUACAACGAUUUUUGGGGAACUAAUAUCCAGAGUAACCUUAGUCACAAAUCCUACCGGCCUCUGACCAUAUUAUCGUACAGGAUCAAUUAUAUAUUAAGUGGUAAAAAUCUUAUCCCUUUACAUUUUAAAAUAACAAAUUUGUUAUGUCAUACAUUGUGCUGUAUCCUUCUAUUUGUGGUUUAUCAAAUAUUAUCAAAAAGAGCUGGACUGCUUAUGGAUAAUAAUGACUCUAUUGAUGUCGGGUUCUUAGCAACAGUACUAUUUUCUGUGCAUCCAGUACAUACUGAGACAGUUUGUGGAGUUGUUGGCCGAGCUGAUAUAUUGUCAGCAAUUUCCUUUAUUCUGUCUUUCAUACUUUAUGACAAAUCUAUAGACAGUAUUAAAUAUACAUACCUAUUUUUACUUACUUCAGUAAUUUUAGCUGGUGUAGCUAUGUUAUUUAAAGAAAAUGGUAUUACAGUAUUGGGAUAUUGUGUUGUUUAUCACAUAGUUAUUAAAUAUGGUUAUUUAAAAGAGAAAAACAUUGUUUUGAAGAAAACACAUUUAACGAAAAGUAUAAGUGUUAAAACUUUGGCAAAAAUUAUUAUAAUUUCAAUAGCUUCAGUGUUACUGUUAUAUAGCAGAUGGUUAAUUAUGGGAGAAAUGAAACCAGUAUUCAAGCCUACAGAGAAUCCAGCUGCUUUUGCUACAAAUUUGUUUACAAAGGUGGUAACAUUAAAGUAUAUUUAUUUUUUAAACUUCCUUCUGUUAGUGUGGCCCCAAUGGCUUUGUUACGAUUGGUCAAUGGGAUGUAUACCACUGAUCAAAAGUGUAUUCGAUUAUAGAAUAUUGUGUAUAUUUUUAAUUUAUUUAUUUGCAAUAUUACAUGUUAAAGCUAUUUUAAAUCCAAGAAAUAAUGUAGCUUCCAAAAGACUUACAAUAUUGGCUAUAUCAUUACUCAUUGUUCCAUUCUUACCAGCUGCCAAUAUUCUCUUUCCGGUUGGAUUUGUGAUUGCUGAAAGAAUUCUGUAUUUACCAUCAGCUGGAUAUUGCCUACUUGUGGCAAUUGGUUUUAGUAAAUUAUGUUGCAAUCCAAAAUCAAAAUUGUACAAGGCCGGUAUAGGAGCAUAUAUACUACUUAUUAUAAUAUAUUCACUUAGAAGCUGGCAGAGAGCUUUUGAUUGGCAAACAGAAUAUAAUUUAUUUAUUAGUGGUUUGGCUGUAUGCCCUUUGAAUGCAAAAGUUCGUUACAAUGUAGCGAAGGUUGCUGAUGCACGUCGGAAUACAUCGUGGGCACUGUCUGAAUACAAAGAAGCUCUUAGGUUAUAUCCGGAGUACUAUCAAGCAUCAAACAAUUUGGGAAAUUUGCUAAAAAGUCAGAGGCAGUUCAAUGAAGCUGAGUUUUACCUUAAGAAGGCUAUUAGCAUAAAAGAAGAUUUCCCAGCUGCUUGGAUGAAUCUGGGAAUCGUGCUUGCUAAAAUGAAGCGCUACAAUGAAUCUCAACAUGCCUAUGAAUCUGCACUUCGUUAUCGCCGCAACUACCCCAAUUGUCUUUACAACUUAGGAAAUUUGUACUUGGAAAUGAAUGAAACAACUGCUGCGUUGGAAAGCUGGUUGGCUACUAUUAACCUUAAUCCUAAACACACUUUUGCAUGGACUAAUUUAAUAGCAAUGUUGGACAAUACAGGUCAAACCGAAAAUGCAUUGCAAAUAAUACCAAAGGCGCUAACUGAAUUACCAAACACCCCGUCACUCAUUUUUGCUAUAGCAAAUAUAUAUGGCAAGGUAAAUGAAUUUAGAAUGGCUGAGACGUACUUCAAAAAAGCUAUACAUCUAUUUCAACAUAAAGUCCAACCUAUCCACUAUGCCAAUCUUGGUGUUUUGUAUCAUCGUUGGAAAAAAUAUGAUUUGGCCGAGCAAAUGUAUAAACGAGCUCUAGAGAUUGACCCUGAGUUUAAGAGCGCUAAAAAGAAUUUAGCUUUACUUAAAAAAUAA